GCUGGCCGCUUUUCGGACGGGACUCUGCGAAUGGUUUUGGCCGUAUCUUCAUGUAGGACCUACUCCCCGUCCCACCGGCCGCGGUGAAUUCCACCUGCGGUGCUUUAUCUUGUGCAAGAGAUGUCACCCUUGGAGAGGCGGGGAAGGACGGGCUAACUGGAGGGUGGGGACGCUAGUGGGGGUCUGUGUUUCUGUGUCCCCUGCCCACCUCGGAGUGAUGAGAGACAGGGAGGGUGAAUGUCCCCUUCAGAGAACCUGGUGUAAGGGGGGAAAUAUGCUUUCAGCCAGUAAAGCUGUGCAAGUGCACAGUAAAGAAGAGUCUUGGGAAAACCGAGGAAGCCUCCCAGAGGUGACUUUUGAACUGCGAAAACGUUUGGCAGAGGAAAAGGGCUUCUGUUUAAUGCCCAGAGCCAUGGCUGUCUCCUCUUCCUCCUGGGAACUGCCCCUGGUGGCUGUGUGCCAGGUAACAUCAACACCAGACAAGCAACAGAACUUUAAAACAUGUGCUGAGCUGGUUCGAGAGGCUGCCAGACUGGGUGCUUGCCUGGCUUUCCUGCCUGAGGCAUUUGACUUCAUUGCACGAGAUCCUGCGGAGACACUGCGCCUAUCUGAGCCACUGGGUGGGAAACUUUUGGGAGACUAUACCCAGCUCGCCAGGGAAUGUGGACUCUGGCUGUCCUUGGGUGGUUUCCAUGAGCGUGGCCAAGACUGGGAGCAGACUCAGAAAAUCUACAAUUGUCAUGUGCUUCUGAACAGCAAGGGGUCAGUAGUAGCCACUUACAGGAAGACACAUCUGUGUGACGUAGAGAUUCCGGGGCAGGGACCUAUGUGUGAAAGCAACUCUACCAUACCUGGGCCCAGUCUUGAGGCACCUGUCAGCACACCAGCAGGCAAGGUUGGUCUAGCCAUCUGCUAUGACAUGCGGUUCCCUGAACUCUCUCUGGCAUUGGUUAAAGCUGGAGCAGAAAUCCUUACCUAUCCUUCAGCGUUUGGCUCUGUUACAGGCCCAGCCCACUGGGAGGUGUUGCUGCGGGCCCGUGCCAUUGAAACCCAGUGCUAUGUAGUGGCAGCAGCUCAGUGUGGACGCCAUCACGAGAAGAGAGCAAGUUAUGGCCACAGCAUGGUGGUGGAUCCCUGGGGAACAGUGGUGGCCCGCUGUUCUGAGGGGCCAGGCGUCUGCCUUGCCCGAAUCGACCUCAGCUAUCUGCAACAGUUGCGCCAAUACCUGCCUGUGUUCCAGCACCGCAGGCCUGACCUCUAUGAUAGUCUAGGCCACCCACGGUCUUAAGACUUGACUUCUGUGAGUUGAGACCUCUGUUGUGAGCUGGUGCUGCUGUGACUUGUAGGCUGGACCCAGGCACAGCUCCCCUCACUUGGAGAACCUCAAACCUCGACUCUUGAUGGAACACAGGUUCAGCUUCUUGUGAAAAAAGAAACUUUCACCUGAGCUCAGAUUUCAGUUUCAGGAAGGUGGAAUCUUAUAUAGUCAUUGUUUAUUUCAUGAAAACUGAAGUUAUUCUGAGGGCUAAGCAGCACUGGCAUUAAAAAAAUAAUAAUCAUAAAGUCUG